AUGCUUCAGCUUGUGGACGGCAACUACAAAGCUAACACGACGCACCACCUGUCUCAGAUGGUGGCAGUCUUUCGCCAGGUGCGUCGAUUGUCGCGGUGCACAGUGGUUCUAGUGGUGAGUCACGACUCACAAUUUCUCGCCGCCUUCGCUAAGUGGUCAAUGAAAGGCCGUCUAUUAGUGUGGGCCACUAGACUGUUAGUGGCGACCCGCCUGACCCUUCCACAGCUCCAGCCACUUUUGACUUCUUAUUGGACUUACACUAUGAUGAACGCUGCCUUUCUAAGUCUAAACCAUGUUUCCUCCAGCUACCCUGUUUUUAGUUACCUGCCGUACACUCCGGCUGGGCCACAAGUGGUGCAUGUGGCCUCCUGGACACCUCUACUUGGCGUAAUUGUCACCGAGGGUCACAUGCUAUUUCCAGAAAAGUUUUCAAAUUUCUAUGGCAGCCAGGUAAAUGUGACUGCUCUGCCUUUUGCUCUAUUCUGGGAAGAGCGAAAAGGAACCGGUAACAUCACCUUGUACUCAGGCACAGACUACUAUACUCUGGCCGCCAUCGCGUCAGCCCUGAAUUUUACAAUUUAUGUGGUGCCCACCUCAUCCUGGACAGAGGUAACGCGCCUGGUCGAGGAGAGAGUGUCUUUCAUAGCUCCUGUCACUCACAACGUGAUGCCCCAUCGUACAGAAAAGUAUGACUUUACCUUUGUGUACGAGUUCGUAUCGAUGGACUUUAGUAUGGCGCCUCCCGGGCUACAGGCGCAAUGGAAAGCUCUAUACUACCCACUGUCUAGUAAUGUCUGGUUGUACACGCUUCUCGCUCUACUCGUCAUGCCAUUUGUCCUUUUCAUAGCUAUCAGGAUGAAGCAUACGAAUAUUUAUUAUAGUAGCGGUUCCACGCUGGAGAUCGGUGAGGUGUUCCAUGAUAUGACUGGGAUGCUACUGGGGCAGAACCUUCCUCCACGUCUGCCUAAAAUCUCGUCUAGCCGGAUCCUAAUCGCAACCUGGCUGGUGUUCGCUGUUGUCUUCACAUCGGCGUACCGUGGCAAUCUUACAGCGUCACUUACGUUGCCGAAGUAUCCUCCUCGACCAGAGACACUCCCCCAACUUGUCGACUCCGUUAAGAGAAUAACAAUGCAGCCAUAUGGACGAGAGUUUAAGAAUUUCUUCUCAAAGUCGGAAUCACCACUGUUCCAGAAGCUCGCAUACUUGAUAAAUAUUGUACCAAGUUUGAUGGAUGGUCAACGCCAAGCCGUCUCUAAAAAUCAAGCGCACUUGGACAACAGACGUUACCAGCUCUACAAUAUUGCCAAAUGGUUCACACGGCGAGACGGCAGUGAAAUGUUAUAUAUUGGACGAGAGAGUAUAAUGCCGGGACAAUCUGCCUGGCCACUGCCUCACGACGCCCCAUAUACAGCUGCGAUAAACCGUCCUCUCAUGGCUGUGAUCGAGGCUGGUCUGUAUGAAAAAUGGGCAUUUGAUCUUAUCCUCGAGGUUAAAAGGGAAAGCCGCAUAAAGCUGCGACAACAACAGCAAAAUGAGCAACACUCCGAUGCCCAAGUAAAAGAAGAUACGCUUUCUCUUUCUAUAAGUCACAUGCAGGGUGCCUUCAUGCUGCUUCUCCUUUGCCUCAUUUUCGCAAGCCUGGUGUUUAUUUGUGAACUCAACGCUACUGGUCUUCGGCAUAAAGGACACGGUUCAGUUUCCAAUAAUAACGAUUAUGAUUCGUCUAUGUAUCAAUAAGGAAAAGAAGUGUCGAGAUCAAGAAUAAGUCACGGAACUAAAGAUAAAUAAAAGGUAUUUUGAGACAAUAAAUUAAGAAUUGAAGAACCAAUCAGGCUACUUUUUAAACAUACAUAGCAACUGGCCUAUUUCGCUGAAAGGUCCCUUUAGAUAAUACGAUAUUCUUUCCAAUUGUUGUCACAUUGUGCUUUGUUCCUUAAAUUCUGAGCCUUUGUGUUUUAAGUUUAUGCUGUUGUACUGGUUGUGGGACUUUGUAUUAUCAUCUGCACGACACUCUCUUGAUAUGUAUUCCCAUCACAGAAUGAAUAUCAUAUCAGGAAUAUUUCAUCAUGUAUUACAUCAUGACCGAAUACUCAAUGAUAUUGAUUUUGGGAGAAAUCAUUACUGUAAUAAUAAAAUAUAUAUACUUUGGCAGUCAGCUGAUUGGCCAGGCUUGUCACUGAUAUCAAGAUGUCAACUAGGUGUUGUGUUGAACAGAAGACAGUUGCAUGAGUUGCUAUGUAAGUUUAAAAAGUAGCAUUUAAAAACCACUGAUUUUACGUUACCUUUACAUUUUCUUCACUGCCAAACACAAAUUCAAUUUUGUCACUUGUUAACCGUUUCCUCUAAGGCUACAUUACACACGAUAAUUAUCACUUAAUGACGCGUUACCAGGUAGCGAUCUUGGGAGGCAGGGGGAGGCGGAGGCACCCGACGGGAAACAGAUUCCGAUACAUACAAUUUAAACGCUAUUGUAUCGCAAA